AGUUCCACAGACUGGCCCUUUAAACACUCUGCUCUCCUCUGCAUGAAUCAGCCAACCUAGAGAGGAGCCUUUAAGAGACACCUUCCUUUUCUUUUCUUUUUUUGUUGCUUUUUUUGAAGACACUUGUGGAGACUUUAUCUUUUAUCGGACCUUGCCUCUCUCCUGCCACCCUUGAGGGACUCUUCUGCAGGGGCCGAUGGAUCUGUCCGACCUUCCCUUCCCUCUCUCCUCUGCCGAUGACCUGUACGAUGACCCCUGCUUCAGCACCAGCGACAUGAACUUCUUCGACGACCUGGACUCUCGGCUGGUGCACGCCGGCCUACUGAAGGCCGAGGACCCUCUCCAUCACCAUCACCACCACCACGUCCCCAUCGGAGAGGAGGCGGACGAGCAUGUGAGGGCUCCGGGGGGCCUCCACCAGGCGGGGGGGCACUGCCUGCUCUGGGCCUGCAAGGCCUGCAAGAGGAAAACGUCCCACGAAGACCGGAGGAAAGCGGCGACGAUGCGGGAAAGGCGGCGUCUCGGUAAAGUCAACGACGCCUUUGAGACCCUGAAGCGCUGCACGGCGUCCAAUCCCAAACAGCGGCUGCCCAAAGUGGAGAUCCUGCGCAACGCCAUCAGCUACAUCGAGUCCCUGCAGUCCCUGCUGAGGACCGGCAGGGACGACGGCUUCUACCCGCCGCUGGAGCACUACAGCGGGGAUUCGGACGCCUCCAGCCCCCGCUCCAACUGCUCUGAUGGCAUGAUGGAUUUCAUCUCUCCGUGUUCAGCCAGAAGUGAGAACAGUGAUGGAUCCUACUGCAGCCACACAGACGAUUCCAGCAUGCGUAAACCGUCGCUCAUUUCCAGUCUGGAUUGUUUGUCCAGCAUCGUAGAGCGGAUCAGCACAGAUCCAGCUGUGGCCCCCCCGGGCGACAGCGUGGUCCCCCGGGGCCCCGGGUCGCCCCAGACCAGCCCUGCAGGCUCCAGUUCUUCUGCUGAACCCAACAGUAUCUACGAGCCACUCUGAACCCGAAAACGCUGAGGACUGUUAUUUCACAAGAAGCCGGGACGGACUUGGUUUUUGGAUUUUUCCUGAAGUUGGAGCUGGUUUUUCCAGCCUGAACAGACUGAAGCGUGACGCUGUGUGGGACGUUCACCAGCAGAAACAAAAAGACAUUCUCCUGAUUUCUGCUGCAGAUACGAUAACUGAGGACCAUUUUGUACAUCACACUCUCUCUCGCUCUCUCUCUCUCUCUCUCUCUCCCUCUCUCUCUUUCACACACACACACACACACACUCUCUCUCUUACUCUCUCUCUCACACACACACAAAAACACACUCUCCUCUCUAUCCACACACACCUCUCUCUCUACUCUC